UUUUCCUGUCAUAUUCAAAACAUUUUGCGCUAGUCGGGAUGGCCUGUGUACGAAGUCACCCUACUCUGUCUUUUUCAGUGGAUAUUAACUUUAAGUCCUUGGAAGAUGUUGGAAUUUAUGUUGAAACUUCCGUAUUUGAAUAUAAACGCAAGAUAGUGGUUGGAGUUACGGGAUCGUUGAAUGUCCUUGGACUGUGGAAUCCUGAAAAAGCUUUGUUUUGCGAGCGUCAGUCUGAAAAUACUAAUAAGUAUUUACAUAAAUCAUAUACAACGUGUCUGUUUUAGUACUGAAACAUGGCACUGUUGUCUUACACUUCAAUCACUGUCUGCGUUCCAAUACCGUUUCUUCUUGGCAGAAUUAAUUGAAAAUAUGGAUGAAAAUGCCGUCUCACUAAAUCUGAAGAUUUUAGCAUGGGAGUCCCGGUUAAAGCCUAGGGAAUUCACUCCGACAGAUAACUUAAAUACAGACAAAGAUACAGAGAUUCAUAUGGAAUUCGGUGUUUUUGAAAAUGGAAAUUUCGUUCAGCGUGGUUGGUUGAUGUCAAACUCUGAGAUUCAUAUUCGCAUGUCAAGUACUUCCUGCAAAUUCUUCAAAAACGACGUUUUCACUCCUCACACUCAGCUAUUUGUUGCGUGCUCUAGAUAUGUGUUGCAACCCAUGUCUAUCGAUGAUGAAGAUAAUGAAACGCGUGUAACACCAAAUAAGCCUGAAUGCUCACAGAAGGAAGAUACCUUGGUUUACCAAGCUGGUUCUUCAACUCCUAAACUUUCAUGUCUACAGUACCCAUCUUCAAGUAGAACAUCAUACUCUAGUGUUGUUAGUCGAUCCUAUCCAGUUCCAAUGUCCACUUUGGAAAUCAAUCGCUGCCGUAUUCAUAGAGGUGAACAACCAGAAUGUUGUGGUACACUUUAUAAACUUGGAGAUGAUGUAACUUUCUUCAUUGAAACGUCAGAUGUGGAGAACACUUCAGUAGAAAUACAAUUCUAUCAACAACAUUUAGAGUCCUCAGGGAAUGAUACUAAAAUUAGUUCAUCUACUCCAUUAAAAUUUAUUGGUUCUGCUCGUUUUGGUCCAUUCGUUGAUACAUACGGACGUAAAGCUGCACAAAUUCUGAAUUCAUCAUUAUCUCCAGUGGGAGAUCUUCGAGUACGUUAUCUUAUUAUCUAUCCAAUGAUUAAACCACUCAGUCCAUGUUUAGAAGUUACUUAUCAACAUCAUUGGAAGAAACGUGCAUCAGCCGUAGAUAUUGGUCAUCGUGGUAUGGGUACAUCAUUUUUUCAACCAGAAGAAAAACAAUAUAAAAAAUCACCGACAACUAGAGAAAAUACAUUGGAUUCGUUUCGAACGGCUGUCCAACAUGGAGCUGAUUUUGUUGAAAUGGAUGUCCAACUAACUAAAGAUCAUCAUGUUGUUGUUUAUCAUGAUUUUGAUGCUGUAGUCAUAUCAAAAAAGAAAAGGGGUGGUCAAUUAUGUUAUUUACGUGUAGCUAUUAAAGAUUUAAAUUAUAAUGAUCUACGUGAAUUAAAUGUUCGUCAUUCAAGUGUUUUAAAAGAAAGUCAUACUCAUGAAAAAAUGAAUGAAGAAGAUUUAGAUCCAAUAGAAUUACAACCAUUUCCUUUAUUACAUUCAUGUUUUGAAGAAAUUGAUCCAGAUCUUGGUUUUGUCAUUGAAGUGAAAUAUCCAAUGGAUCUUAAAGAUGGCAGCUCAGAAAUGGAUCAUUUCUUCGAGUACAACUUUUAUGUCGAUACUAUCCUACGUGAAAUCUUAACACAUGCUGGUAAAAGACGUAUUUUAUUAUCAUGUUUCGAUCCAAAUGUCUGUGUAAUGCUUCAGUUAAAACAACAAAUUUAUCCAGUCUUUCAACUUGGAAUAUCCCCGGAAUAUGCAGAUACACGACAUGCUGACUUUCAAAGUUUAUUUUGGUCUGCAUUAAGUCAUCAACUCUUGGGAGUAUGUUUAGAAAGUGAUCGUUUAUUAAAAGUUCCAGGAAUUAUUGAAUUAGCACAUUCACAUAAACUAGUUGUAUUAGCAUGGGGUGAAGCUGUAAACAUACCGGAAAAACGUAUAUUACUCACACAAUUGGGUGUAGAUGGAAUUAUCUAUGAUUGUGUAAAUGAAAAUAAAGCUAAAGGUACAUUAAGUGUAUUUAAACGUGAACGAUUCCUUGAACUUGGAUUAUCAUCAGCAUCAACACCAUCAUCACCUACAGAAACAACAAAACUAGUACCAUGUUUAUCAUCAUUAUCAUUAAUUGAUAAUCAUGACAAUAUCAAUCAUAUUAGUUUUAAUAAUAAUAAUAAUGAUUUAAACAGAAAUAUUUCAAAUUCUCAAGGUAAUUUAGCUUUAGAUCAACAUUGUAACAUUACAGAUCGGCUAAUUUUAUCUACCCAAUCUACUACUGAGAAACUAUCAACAAUAGUAACUGAUUGUCACACUAAUAUGUGCUUCAGUUCAACAUCAUCAGCUUCAAUGACCAACAAUGGUGUUGAUAAUAAUAAUGAUAACAAUAACAGUAGUAUUGUAUCCUUAGUGAAUGUUAAAUCAAAUGAACAAGUAGUAGGUCCAGUAGAAAAUUGUACAAAUCCAACAUUACAAACAACACCUAUUAAUACUAUUCCGUUAGAUAAUAAUGACAGUAUUCAUAACGAGUUGUCAUCACCGACUUCAGAUACAUCAUCACAACAACAAGAGCCAACAUCACCACCAAAACAACAAAUUAAUGUACCACUUAUAACAUUCGCUUAAAUAUAAAAUUCAACUCAAGAAUACUAACUACUGAUAUUAGUCAGAGUAAUAAUAAUGAUAUUGACGGUAACAUUCAUUGUCACCGUUCCAUUAAACAAAACAAAGAAACAUUUUAAAAAUGUGUAUACUUUUCUUUAGUUUAUUUCCUCUACUAAGUAAAACAUACUUGAGCAUUGUGUUUCAUUAUUCUGGUUGAUUAAUUAAUUACUUCACAUCAUUAAUGAUUGUUUCAACCGUUUUGCUUGUCGCACAUAUAUAUAACACGGAUAUAAAUUCACAUUUCUCCCUCCUUUUGUUCUUUCAAUGUCAUCCCUUAACAGUUUUCUUCACUAAUGUAUUUCAUAAUAUAUAUAUAUAUAUAU